ACUCACGUGAUUUUCUUUCUUGGUUUCUUGUGUUUUAGGAACUUCAGAAAUUCAAUCACAAUGAUAAUGGACGAUUUUGACGAGAGUGUCGACCGACACCAACUGGGUGUCGAUCGACACCACACGGGCAACAGGCCAAUGACGUUUGCUGAUUACAACAGACCCGCUCUCUUCUACUCCAAUCGAUCAGCGAUCAGACCACCUCCACCUGCAAGAGCUGAUUUUGCGUUCAAACCAUGGUAUUAUGAUCUCGUUUCUAAGAACCGGUUCGACGGUUUUGAAGGUGAAUUGCCUUUUGAUCACAUCGAGAAAUUCGAGGACAUGGUUUCAAGCAUCAAGGCAGAAGGCAUUCCAGUUGACUACUUGCUCUGCAAACUCUUUCCAUACUCUCUUGGAGAAAGAGGAAAGAUCUGGCUUAGACAAUUGAGACCAGGAUCUCUAACUACUUGGCAGGAAGUUAAGGACGCAUUCUUAUUUCACUUUUAUGAUGAAUCAAUGUCCGAGGAAGUGAGAUUGCAGAUUUCUUCCUUUUCUCAAGGUCCUACAGAGUCUUUCAAAGCAGCUUGGUUAAAAUUCGGAUCAUAUCAGAGGAAUUGUCCGCAUCAUGGAUUCACUGAAAUUCGUCUACUUGGCAUAUUCUUCAAGGGCAUUGAUUAUCGUUACCAAAUCAUCCUCGAUGGAGCAAGCAAUGGAAAUUUCACCUCGAGGACACCCAGCGAAGCAGUAAAUCUUAAUGAGAAUUCCGCUUCCAGCUAUGGCAUCAGAGGCAUUGAUAACGAGAGAAGACAGCUCGCCGCCAAGGUAGACUCCAAGCAACUGGAACAAGCCGAGAUCCAAUAUGUCCGCACUUCAUGCCAAAGCAUCCAGCAUCCUGCCCACAAUACCACCCCCACUACACCGUCUACCAGCCGGCUUGAAGCAAUGCUAGAAGCUAUCUACAAACAUCAACUUGAGAGGGAUGCCACAAUUUCCGAUUUGGUUUGUACGGUUAAAGACAUGAGUAAUCAACUUAACCAUACAACUUCCCAAAAGACAGACGUUUGUGCAGUUCAGUUGAGGAGUGGACUUCAGUAAAAGAUCUCAGAGACUCCCGUCAUGACUGUUUGUCAUGCUGUUUUGCUGGAAAGCGAAGCUGAUUUUGUGGUUGCAGAGGCAGUGUCGACCGACACCAGUACAGAUAUCCAAGAAAUUAUGCUGUGACGA